GGAAUCAGGAUUUUCACUCCAACAAAUACACAGAAAAAUUCCCAUAAAAAUUCUUGAUUUUACUGAGUUUGAUCUAUCUAUAUCUGUGCCUGUACAUCAAAAAAAUGAGUGCAGCAAGAAAAGCAUGGAUUGUGGCAGCAAGCAUUGGAGCAGUUGAGGCACUGAAAGAUCAAGGAGUUUGCAGAUGGAAUUAUCCUUUAAGAUUACUUCAUAAUCAAGCCAAGAAGAAUCUCAAAUCCUAUUAUCAGACUCAAAUUCUACCUCCAGCUGGAAAAUUUUCUUCUUCUGCUGCUACUGCUGUUGUUGGGAAGAUGAAGAGAAGCGAAAAAUCUAUGGAAAAAGUGAUGGAUUUGAGCUGUUGGGGUCCCAAUACUGUUAGAUUCUAAGAAUUAUUAGGUUCCAGU